AUGAGGUCUUUGAAUUUUCUAUUCACCUUUCCCCUUGCUCUGGGUUCCAUGAUUCAUCCUCGCCAGGAUGACCGUGGUAGUUAUACCGUCUCUGGUCUGGGAUCACGAAAGCAAGCUGUCCUGGAUGCUGGUGGAAACACCAUGGAUCUGGCUAUUGCUAUGCUGGAGACCGAUAACAUGACCACCGAUUACACUUACGGCGAUGGCAAAACCGGUGAUUCCACGAACUUUGGAAUUUUCAAGCAGAAUUGGAUGAUGCUACGCACCUCUGCUUCUGAGUUCACCGGCCAGGGAGUGGCAGACGUGGAUAAUGGGGCGAUCCUCAAUACCGAAUUGGACAAGGAUAUUCUGGCCCGUCAUGAAAGCGAGGAUCAUUACGGUUUCAAUGUUUGGGUUGCUGGCCAUAGAAAUGGACAAAGUGGGCUGGAUGACCCGAACACUGAUGAUAUCGCGACCUACAAGACUGCCAUUCAAUGGAUCCAGGAGCAGAUUGAAAGCAAGGAGAGUUAUUCAACCGACGAUACACGUUUUUGGGUAGAUGUCACGGCCAUCUAA